AAUACGGUACAAGUUACCCGUGAUCGCGAACGUUUAAUCCAAUUGACAAAAGGUUGGGAGAUACGUUUAUCCCAACCGAAAACAGAGACUGUCAUUAAUCAAGGUUUGAAUUUAAGUUCACCAUCAGGUAGAAUGAUACCUGAAUGGAGAAGGAAUUUGUAA